AUGGAACAAGAGAUGGCGAAUAUACCGUUCCAUCAUCAAAAUCUGCACUCUCAUCAAUCUAAAAGUGCAGCCAUUUUCAAGAAAUCUAAUCGUCCUGUUACUCUUAAGUUUGAGAAUGUUGUUUACAAGAUUAAGCUUGUGAAAGAAGGGUGUAUCAAUUCCUCUAAUUCAGAAGAAGAGAAAAUAAUAUUGAAAGGUGUAUCAGGUAUAGUUUCUCCAGGUGAAAUGCUGGCCAUAUUAGGCCCUUCAGGCAGUGGCAAAACAACUCUACUAACAGGAUUAGGAGGCAGGCUCGUUCAUGGCCAUCUCGAUGGCGCCAUAACAUACAACAACAAGCCAUUUUCCAAUGCCAUGAAGCGUAACACGGGCUUCGUGACACAAGAUGAUGUUCUUUACCCUCACCUUACUGUGACAGAAACACUCGUAUUCACUGCUCUCCUUCGUUUGCCUGGAACACUUACGGUUCAGGAAAAAACCGCGCAUGCUGAAGCGAUUAUAACUCAGCUCGGAUUGACAAGGUGCAAGGAUAGUAUUAUUGGAGGUCCGCUAUUGAGAGGAAUUUCAGGAGGGGAGAGGAAAAGAGUUAGUAUUGGACAAGAAAUGCUUAUUAACCCGAGUUUGUUGUUCUUGGAUGAACCAACAUCAGGGCUUGAUUCUACAACAGCUCAAAGGAUUGUGUCGACGUUAAGGGAUUUGGCGAAGGGCGGUAGGACUAUUGUCAUGACAAUACAUCAGCCUUCGAGUAGGCUAUUUUACAUGUUCCACAAAGUGUUGCUGUUAUCUGAAGGAAAUCCCCUAUAUUUUGGGAGAGGCGAGGAUGCGAUGGGGUACUUUUCUAGCGUCGGAUAUUCACCGUUAGUUGCUAUGAAUCCCUCGGACUUCUUAUUGGAUCUUGCAAAUGGUAUAUUAUCGGAUGAUCCUCGCAUAACAUCAGACGAUCCUGGAGAAGAUCCAGCAUCAAUCAAGCAAACUUUAGUGACUGCUUUCAAAAACAAUCUAGCGGAGAACUUGAAGGGACAAUUGCAAGAAUUUGAUGAUCAUCAGGUUUCUGAUAAAUUACAUGAGAAGAAAUUCAAUCAAUGGUCAAAUACAUGGUGGCAGCAAUUCUCAGUAUUAUUUAGAAGAGGGAUGAAAGAACGAAAACACGAGUCCUUCUCUGGCCUCAAGGUUGGACAAGUCUUGGUGGUGUCUUUCCUAUGUGGAUUGUUGUGGUGGAAAUCCAGUAACUUGCAAGAUCAGAUUGGGCUUUUGUUCUUCUACUCUAAUUUCUGGGAGUUUUAUCCUAUGUUCCAAGCUAUUUUUACCUUCCCACAAGAGAGGAUGAUGCUGGAAAAAGAACGAUCGUCAGGCAUGUACAGACUCUCGGCAUAUUUCAUGGCUAGGACUGUAGGUGACCUUCCAAUGGAGCUAGUCCUUCCAACAAUUUUCGUCGUUAUAACAUACUUUAUGGCUGGCCUGAAACUGUCCGCUGGGCACUUCUUCUCUACCUUAUUCGCCCUCCUCUAUAAUGUAUUAGUUUCCCAAGGACUUGGACUUGCUAUUGGUGCAAUGGUUAUGGACCAAAAAUCAGCCACUAUACUCGGUUCAGUCAUCAUGUUAUCGUUCACCUUAGCUGGAGGGUACUUCGUUCAACAUGUCCCGAGCUUCAUUGCCUGGAUCAAGUACGUUUCAAUUAGCCAGUACGCGUACAAGCUCUUGUUGGGAUCACAGUAUAGCCCAGGUGAAACGUACGCGUGUGGAAUAAACGCGACAUGUCUUGUUGAGGAUUUUCCUUCCAUAAAGACUAUAGGGCUCGGAGGUAAGGGCAUUUCAGUGGUUGCAUUGGCUAUUAUGCUUUUGGGUUACAGAUUCUUGGCUUAUGUUGCUCUUAUGAGGAUUGGUGUGACAAAGAAAUAGAUUUGCUUUUGCUUAA